CUACUUCUCGCUCCACACGUUUUUCAGUCCAUGCUGCUACCCUCCUGGUCUACCACCCGCACUGAGCACCGCCCUGCGUGUGUGUUGCGCAUCAUGGCCCUCCUUCGCCCCUCCCCCUGCUCACCCCUCGGAGCAAACACACACCCCCUCAACCCUCCCUCUCCCCAGAUCCCUUUCGCCCCACAGACCCCUGUUACCGCGUUCCAUCCCGUUCGCUUUGGCUGUGGCCAUAUACCCCAGGGGAAGACCACAGGCAUCCCUCGUCCUUUCGUCUCCUUACCACGAACAACCCGAGUCGUUGCUUGUUCGUUCUACGCCCUGCCUCUUCUUGACUCUCUUCUCUCCCUCUCGCUAUAUUUCUGGCACUAAUGCCACCAUGCUAUACCAUACCAAACCAUUGCAACACCAUGUCACCUGCGUUUCUCUCUCUCUUUAAUUUCCUUCCAUUGGGCGCCAGGAACCGCACCGCCACCAAUACCAGUACCACCCCAUCCUCCCCCUCUUCUUCAUCCUCCACCCCUCAACGGUCCCCCACUGUCCCUGCUCGUACUCAGGGGCACCAACAACAGCCCCCGCAGCAGCAGUCGUCCUCUAAACCCCAUCGCAAGCGUAGACACAAGGACUCGGCAAAAAAUAAGCUGCGAUUUGCGAUCUGCCAAACACCCGACUCUAUCGCAAGUCGCAGUGGUUCAGCUUCAGAUGCGACUCAACAAGGAUCACGUCGCAAGUUAUCGAUAUCUUUGCUGAAGGCUCAAAUCGGGAGGACGACAGCUGCAAUAGCAAGAGUUGCGAGUAGUUGCUCGACACGGUCGGCAUCCGUCCCAUCGUCCUCACUGCAAGACGGGCGAUGCUUUGAUGUUUCGGUUGCUUCAUUGUCGCCUGUCCGAGAGAGCCCUCAUGUUGAACGGCACGAUGGCCCUAUGGUCUCGAGUUCGAGUCGGUCCUCUGCGGCCUGUCUCUCCACACCGGGAAUCGAUAGCAAAGUAACAACAGAGUGCACAGUACCUCCCUCAGCAACGCCUAUACCAUUACCUUUCACAGCACCGGCUCGCUACUUCCCCUCAGCCGCUUCAUCCACAUCACGAUCACCUUCCAUACCAUCUUCGAAUGCCCCAUCGACGUAUUCGUGUGUGGAGAAUGGUUUGAGAAACAACAACAGCAGUAUGCAACCGUUUGCAGAUACUGUGGGCCAACGGCAGCAACGGUCAAUGCAUCUGCAGCAGCUGCAGCAGCGCAUUGAACACUGCGAACAAGAACAACAAACACAACAACAAAAACAUGAGGAACGACAGGAAGAGUGGACAGAGGCCUUGAUGACCUCUUCAACAACUAGUGGACAGGCAAAAGCAGCGGAGGAGCUAAAAAAUGAUCACUCGCCUUUUUUUCAUCAGCAUUGUCAUGCAGAACUGCAUCGACCACAAGAUAUAAAUGGACAUGAGCACAGGGAUGCACAACAGCAACAGCAGCAUCAAGGGCAGCCGCAUCAAGGGCAAGAGCAGCGAGCGCAGCAAAAACAGCGGUGGCAUAAUUACAGCGAGGGCCAUCAGCCGAGACAGGACACAGGGCUCUGCCUGACCAGCAGGGUUCAACACGAGGAGGGUGCGCGUGGUGAACGACUGUCGUGCGCCUCCUAUAUCUUGGACGCCAACCUUGUCUCACCUUUUUCACCAUCGCCGUUACAAACACCCACACCAUCGCCCUACAUGCCAGCACUCAAUUACUUCACACUGCCUGACAAUGAUAAGGCACCUAGGUCGUCAAUCAAGACAUACAGAGGCGAAACUGGGCCGCAGGAUCCUACAGCUCGUUUCGAGAUCCUUGAGCGCCUGGGAUAUGGUUCAAGCGGCUCGUCUGUGUUCAAAGCUUGUGACAGACAGGAUGGGAUGAAGAUUGUCGCGAUCAAGAAGAUUCCCUUCGCGACAUUCAUUGACGGUUUCAGAGACACCACCGUCAGCAGCAGCAGCAACGGCAUCGUCGACAUUGAUAGGGUAGUGGCUACACGGGCGGACGUAGAUUACUAUGUCAGUUGCAUCGCAUAUCACGGUGGCUCUUUAUACGAAGGAGGUGAUGAUGAUAAUAAUCACGAAGAAGAAUAUAACAGCGACGAUGACGACGGAUCCAUUAUUCUCGACAGUGGCCCAGUGAACAAGGCUCGGCGACCUCAAACAACGGCGCCAUGGAUUAGGGAGAGAGUGAGAGGGCUAGACCAGCUUGUGAAAUGUAUGGGAUGUCAUCGAACGGAUACCGAACUGUGGGUAAGUUUUCAAGAGAACAUGAGCAAGAGUUAUUCGGUUGGACUAUAGAAGAAGGAGGGAUGUGUUUUCCCGUUCGUGCUUUAUGAUAAGGAUUGGGGACGAUUUUUGUUACGGGUAGACUAUAGAUCCGGAUCCGUUGGAGACGUUGUUGUGCUUUUGGUGGUCGAAUGGUCUGAGCUCUGAACUUGUUUUUAUUUCACAUGAACAAAGUAGCCCUUGAAAACCACAUCAAGCACUAUUUUUUUUUCCCGUGCGAGGUCAAAUACAAAUCCGUUUUUUAUUUAUUUACU